AUGGACCACAAGAUCCUCGAAGUUCAAAAGUUCCUGGAAGACGGGUCCCUGCCGGACCACCUGGUGACUCCGACGCAGAAGCGCGACUUUCGCAGGCGGGCCCAGAAAUUCGCACUGGAAGGCCAGAAUCUGAUGUUCAUUCGAAUGGGCAAGAAGUCCCUGGUGGUGUUUGACCGGAAGGACCGUCUGGAGCUUGUGAAGCAGGCCCACGUCACCUCCUCAGGCCUACAUUGCACAUUGCAGGAAACCAGAAAGAAGGUUUCCUUUAGCUACUACUGGCCCACCCUUGACCAAGAUGUCUCCAAGUGGGUGAAGCAAUGUAACUCUUGUCAGAAGCCCCGCCCAGAGAAGUCUCUGCCCAUUCAGGGUGUCCCCAAGAGUCACCGGAGUAAGGACCCUCUGCCUGUGCUUCAGGUGGAAGAGGUCACACAGGCUUUUGAGCAGGUGGGCCUGGGCCUGGUGGGGCCCCUGGUGGAGACCUCCAAUGGCUUCCGCUUCAUCCUUUUGUCCGUGGACGCUUACUCCCGGUGGGUGGAGGCCUCGCCGCUGAAGGAACAAAAUCCCGUGGAAGUGGCCCAGGCCCUGAUUCCCUUCCUUCUCCGAUUUGGCCGCCCCCAACUCCUGGUCACCACUCUUAGGGUUCCAUUUGUGAGCCAGGUGAAUCGGAGUCUCCGGCGCCAGCUCCAGGGCUUGGGGGUGCCCCUUGGCAAACUAGACAUCGUUAUGUCGGCAUUCCAGCCAAAGAUUAAUAGCAUCUUGUCCUUGACCUCCAGCUCUAUCAGGAGGACCCUGUGGAGCCUGGUGAAGGGGGACCUGGAGAAGUGGGACCUCUUCUUAGACAAAGCCCUCUUCUCCCUGAGAACGGCAGUGACAAAGAACAAAAGGAGAAGCCCCUUCCAGCUCCUUUAUGGCCGCAAGCCCCGGGCCCCCCAAGACGUCCCCUCCCACUUUGAUGUGGUUGCGGCAGACACUGUCGGUGACAGUGUGGGUGACACCCAUGAUGAUAAGGAGCCCACGGAGACAGCUGAAACCAUGAAGGGCCCUGUGACAGCUCCUGUUUCAGAACCCGUAGGGCAGCCGGAGGAAGAAGCCACGUGGGAGCCCUCACGGCCAACCGGGCAAGAGCCCAUCCCAGAGCCCAGGCAGCAACCCAUGCAACCGGAGCCCAGGCAAACAUCCAGGCCAGAAACCACGGGGCAACUCAUGCAUCAGCCUGUGCCGGAGCCCAUAAAUCAUAUGUGGCAGCCCGUCCUGGGGCCCAUUCACCAACCUGUGCUCCAGUCUAUUCAGCAGUCCCUGACUCAGUCUACCCACCAGCCCAUUUACCGGCCCAUUCCACAGCCCAUCCACCAGUCUAUGCAGCAGCCCGUGACCCAGCCUGUGCAGCAGCCCAUGACCCCGUCUGCAUAUCAGCCCAUGACUCAGUCUACAUAUCAGCCCAUGACUCAGUCUGCGUAUCAGCCCAUGAUCCAGUCUACAUAUCAGCCGAUGCACCAGCCUAUGCUUCAGCCCCUGACUCAGUCUAUGCAGCCAUCAAUGCACCAGUCUGUGCAUCAGCCCGUGACCCAGUCUAUGCAGCAGCCGAUGCACCAGUCUAUGCAGCAGCCGAUGCACCAGUCUAUCCAGCAGCCCAUGACCCAGUCUAUGCAGCAGGCCAUCAUGGCAGAACCUAUGCAUCUACCCAUGCCGAGGCUGACAGAAUGCCCUGUUGUGAGCGGCUGGGGCCAAGGAACAACCCCCAGCCUGGAUGCUCCCUGGGAAAAGUGGGAGCCUGGUGGAGGAGCCUAUUGGACCCAGUGGAGGGAGCCUGGCAACUAGUGGGAGAAGUGAAGCAGCACACUUCCAUCCCGUAUCUUUUUUAUUCUUUUGGCAAGGUGAUUGGGGUUAAGUGACUUGCUCAGGGUCACAUAGCUAGUAAGUGUCA